AUGGAAGGUGUUCAGAUAGAAGAAGUCUUCGUCUUGUUUUGUUUUUUUUUAAUCAUUACAAUGAGUUAUGGCGCUACAAACCCAAAUGAUGUCAAAGUUUUGAAUGAUUUCAGAAAAGGGUUGGAAAAUCCGGAGCUUUUGAAGUGGCCAGAGGAGGGAGAUGAUCCCUGUGGUCCUCCUUUAUGGCCUUUUGUGUACUGUUCUGGAGAUAGAGUAAAUCAGAUUCAGGCUAAAAAUCUUGGUCUUAGAGGGUCAUUGCCUCAAAACUUUAAUCAACUCUCAGAACUGUACAAUUUGGGUCUCCAACGCAACAAUCUUAGUGGGACGUUGCCUACUUUUAGGGGACUAUCCAAAUUGGAAUUUGCUUUCUUGGAUUACAAUAAAUUUGAUGCAAUCCCAUCUGAUUUCUUUAAUGGACUUAGCAGCCUCAGGGUCUUGUCUUUGGAAGAAAAUCCACUGAAUAUGAGCAGUGGUUGGUUGUUUCCCUUGGAUUUAGAAAAGUCAGAGCAGUUGACCAAUCUUUCUCUGGUGCAAUGUAACUUGGUUGGACCAUUACCAGAUUUUCUGGGCACAUUGCCAUCUCUCACAAAUCUGAGGCUUUCGGGUAACAAGCUGUCUGGUGCCAUACCAGCAACUUUUGCCCAAUCUUCAAUCCAGGUUUUGUGGUUGAAUGAUCAAGAAGGUGGUGGGUUGAGUGGUCCUAUUGAUGUUAUUGCUUCAAUGGCUUUCCUUAGACAGGUUUGGUUACAUGGAAACCAGUUCACUGGGCCAAUACCUCAGAAUAUUGGAAAUCUAACUUACUUGAAGGAACUCAAUCUCAAUAGUAAUCAACUUGUUGGCUUGAUUCCAGAGUCUCUAGCACUUAUGGACCUUGAUAUCCUUGUGUUAAACAAUAACAUGCUAAUGGGUCCGAUACCGAAAUUCAAGGCUGCCAAUUUUUCUUACAUGUACAAUUUAUUUUGUCAAAAUCAGCCUGGGCUUGAAUGUGCCCCUCAUGUUACUACUUUGCUGGAUUUUCUAGAUAAGCUGAAUUACCCCUCGUUUCUCAUCUCUGAUUGGUCUGGUGAUGAACCAUGCACACGCAGCACAGGGUCAUGGUUUGGAUUGAGCUGCAAUUCCAACUCAGAGAUAUCUAUUAUCAAUCUACCUAGACACAAGCUAAACGGUACUCUAAGUCCCUCACUUGCGAAGUUAGAUUCACUACGUGAAAUUAGGCUAGCAGGAAACAACAUAACCGGCUCUGUUCCCACCAAUUUUACCAAAUUAAAAUCUUUGGAGUUGUUGGAUUUAAGCGAUAACAACCUUGAGCCUCCAUUUCCAAACUUUCAUAAUGAUGUGAAGGUUAUCAUUAUGGGUAAUCCUCUUCUUCCGAAUGAAACUGGAGGAAGUCCCAGUCCUAUGCCUGUUAACAGCCCUUCACCACAAAAUCCAUCACAGCCUCCAUCCUCUCAUAAGCCACCUGUUCCAGAUCAGAGUUCAAGAUCAAAUCAAUCCAAGCCAAAUGACUUGAAAAGAUUCAAAACAGUAGCAAUAGUGGCUGGAGUUGUUGUGUUUACCGUUAUAGCUCUUUUGAUUGUUUAUUUCUUCCUAUAUUGUAGGAAGAACAAAAAAGCCUCUUUGGAUGCUCCAAGUUCCAUUGUGGUUCACCCUCACAAUCCAUCUGAUCCUGACAACAUAGUUAAAAUUGCAGUUUCAAACACCACCGGAAGUUUGUCAACAAAGACUGGUACAAGUUCUCUUGGUAACAUUAGUGGUGAAACUCAAAACUGUCACACAAUUGAGGAUGGCAACCUUGUCAUCUCUAUACAAGUACUACGCAAGGUUACCAAUGACUUUGCUUCAGAAAAUGAACUAGGUCGUGGAGGGUUUGGGACUGUUUACAAGGGAGAACUAGAAGACGGGACAAAAAUAGCAGUGAAGAGAAUGGAGCAUGGGGUUAUUAGCAGUAAGGCAAUAGAGGAGUUUCAAGCCGAAAUAGCUGUUCUUUCCAAGGUCCGGCACCGGCAUCUGGUAUCCUUGUUGGGGUAUUCCAUUGAAGGCAAUGAAAGACUUUUGGUUUAUGAAUAUAUGUCUCUUGGAGCUUUAAGCCAGCAUCUUUUUCACUGGAAGAGCUUAAAGUUGGAGCCUUUGUCUUGGUCAAAGAGGCUUGCAAUAGCACUAGAUGUUGCUAGAGGGAUAGAAUACCUUCACAGUCUUGCCCGUCAGACUUUUAUUCAUCGAGAUCUUAAGUCUUCUAAUAUCUUAUUGGGUGAUGAUUUCCGUGCUAAAGUUUCAGAUUUUGGUUUGGUGAAGCAUGCCCCAGACAGUGAGAAGUCUGUAGUAACCAAACUUGCUGGGACAUUUGGAUACCUUGCCCCUGAAUAUGCAGUGAUGGGGAAAAUCACCACAAAAGUUGAUGUGUUCAGCUACGGUGUGGUUUUGAUGGAACUUCUGACUGGACUUGUGGCACUUGAUGAGAGCCGGCCAGAGGAAAGCCGGUACUUGGCUGAAUGGUUUUGGCGGAUUAAAUCAAGCAAGGAGAAGCUUAUGGCUGCCAUUGAUCCAGUUGUGGAAGUAUCUGACGAAACUUUUGAGAGCGUAAGUAUUGUAGCUGAACUUGCUGGACAUUGCACUGCAAGGGAAGCAAAUCAUAGGCCAGAUAUGGGUCAUGCAGUCAAUGUCCUGGCAGCAUUGGUGGAAAAAUGGCAACCAGUUGACGAUGAAUUAGAUUGCUACUCUGGCAUUGACUACACAAGACCACUUCCUCAAAUGUUGAAGAUUUGGAAGGAAGCAGAAAGCCAAGAGUUCAGCUAUUCUUCUAGUCUUGACAACAGCAGAAGCAGUAUUGCAGCUAGGCCCACUGGGUUUGCAGACUCUUUUACUUCUGCUGAUGCAAGAUAA